AUUAGAAUACUUUUGUCACCACCCCCAUUACCAUCCCAGGGGAGUCGUAAGAGGCGACAAAAGGGAAAGCAUAACACACAAUAUUUACUAGUGUGAGAGAAGGAAAACUCGAAAUUAAACCCUGUACCAACCCGUCUAGCCAGCGUGGUACCAGUAGGCUAAUAAACCUCCAAAAUGAUUGCACACCGCAGAACCAGGCCCCUAGUCCCCGGCGGCCCCGCUAUUCCUGGUUACGGUAGCGGCCAUGGUAACGGCGGGGCAAGGGGUGCUAAGAAUCCCCGGCAGAGAUCCGGCUACCACCCCCCUUCACAACGACAACUGGCCCUGGUGACAUACAACGUGCGCACUUUGAGGUUGGACGAGAAGCUAAUAGAGCUGGAAGAAGAAAUGAACAAGUUGCGCUGGGACGUUAUUGGUUUAUCGGAGAUCCGAAGAGAGGGGGAGGAUACGAAAACCUUACAGUCCGGCCACUUGUUCUACUACCGGGAGGGAGAACAGAAGUCCCAAGGUGGUGUUGGGUUUAUCGUCCACAAAUCUCUCAUAAACAACAUUGUGGCCAUCGAAAGUGUGUCGAGUAGGGUAGUAUACCUUGUCCUCAAAAUCUCAAAGCGGUAUUCGCUGAAGAUUGUACAGGUAUACGCCCCAUCGACGUCACAUCCAGACGAUGAAGUGGAAGCUACGUAUGAGGACAUUAGUAGGGCCAUANGUCGGCACGUUGGCGACUUGCAAGUUGUCAGUCGCGUGUCAAUAAGACAGCAGAGACACGGCGGAUUUAAGUAUGGGGCCGGGGGUGUCGGGCGUCGCCACCCCAGUGUGUGGUUUCCUUUUGAUGUCAUCUUCGCGCAAACUUUGCUACGGAUCGGCUUUGAGAUAGAGAGUCGGAGAGUGACUAAUUUGGCCCAGCAUUUGAUCUCGGGAACUCCGUUGUGUGCGUCUCGCUCGCACCCGCCUUUGCUCGCCGCCGCCGCCGGGAAGCUCUUUGCAAAAUUUCGCUUUGAUCGCAAAGUUAAAUUAUAUGGGAAUUGA